AUGCUGUUUCCAUGGCAUAGGCGGCGGUCGCGGCAGCAGCAGCAGCAGCAACGCUCUACAGGGGCCGGGCAUGGAUCGCACUCGCGAAAAAGGCCACCGACACCGACACGGUCGUCACCCGUUAGGACGCUUCUAUGCACCAUCACCAGCAUCAUCCCCAUGCUCCUCGCAGUAACCAUCCUGCCGUCCCCGGCGCGCGCCGACUGCGAGUGCGGCUACUCGGCGACGACCAGGAGCUGGGCCAACAGGACGUAUGUCUUUACGGACCUCGUCGAGACGGACUUUGCGCGGCUCGGCAGCAGCAGCAGCAACAACAUAAGCGCCGACACGGACUGGGCGCGGCAGGUGUUCAACCUGAGCCGGGCGCGGGCGCGCGGCGAGUACGGCGAGAUGUUUGCGCUCGGCAACGUUGUCGAUACUGCUGGUGCUGCUAGAGGGGGAGACGAGGAAGAGGGCGCGGCGCUGCAGCUCGUCGUCGGCAGCCAGCUCGUCGACGGCAUGGUGCCCGUAGCGGAGCUAGAUACGCGCCGGCUAGACCUGUUCUGGGGCACGUUCCGCGCGUCGAUGAAGCUGCCGCGGACGCCGGGGACCUGUGCGGCGUUUUUCUGGUACUUCAACGACACGCAGGAGAUUGACAUGGAGUUUUUGACCAAGGACUUUGACGCCAGCAACAACAGCUUCCCGGUCAACCUAGUGCUGCAGUCGGCAGCAUCCGCCGCGCGGGGGUACGACGCGGCGCAGACAGGCGACGGCAGCUUCGUGCGGGCGCAGCUAGGGUUCGACCCAACCGCAGGCUUCCACGAGUACCGCAUCGACUACUUGCCGGGGCGUGUGGUCUUCUACGCCGACGGGCGGCCGCUCGCGGCCAUGCGCGGCGGCGCCGUGCCCGCGUCGCCCGGCCAUUUAAUUCUGCAGCACUGGAGCAACGGCAACGCGCUGUGGACGGGCGGGCCGCCGGCCGCGGAUGCCGUGCUGGCCGUGCGCUACGUCAAGGCCUACUUCAACUCGUCGGCGCCGCAGCGCGCGAGCGACCACGCGGCCCGCUGCAGCGACCCGGCCGCGCCCGGGGCCGUCUGCGCCGUUCCCGACGUUGCCGACACGGCGACACCCAAUGCGAGCGCGGCCGCUGCGGCGUGGUUCUUUAGCGACCAGGCCAACAUGACGAAUAACCAGACUGUGUACAGCUGGCAGAGCGGUGGUGGCGGGUUAGGGCUAGGGAGGCAGAGAGGCUGGCGAUGGUGGCCUUCAGCGGUGGCGGCGCUCCUAGUGUGUGGCUGGUCCGCGGCGCUGUAG